AACGACGGACCAUCCACGCACACCCAUCCCCUACCACUGGAGCGCAGGCGUUGGAGUUCGGAGCUCAUGUUCAUACGGCGUUAAUAUACUUACCUGCAGCAUUAUUCGAUCGUCGCCCGCCAUGGUGCUCUCGCCACGCAAUCGCGCGCCGCCCACAACAAUACCUACAUUCAACCAAACAUGGGACGACAACGGCGCUGCCUACCUCGAUCCCAACUCUCUACCCGUCUCCAAGAUCCCCCGAGGCUGGGAGCGCAAGCAGGAGGUCAAGAGACUGGGUGAAGGCAAAGAGAGAAAAAUAUGGCGCAAGUUCGGUCUCAGGUCGCGUGCAACGAACACAACGGAGGAGGAGGACGAGGAGGAACAGCAAGAUUCGCAGUCAAGAGCAGUGAAGAAGCUGCAACGUAUGAGCCCGAAAGCUAUGGAGAAGACCACUACUGGACUUAAUGGCAAGAAGCGCACGUUCAAGGCAACCCGCUGGGACCGAAGGAAGAGUGUUUUGCCUAGGAAAAAGUCCGCGCCUGUCGAGGAAGUUUUGGUUGAUACAGAGGUGGAAAACGACAUACACAUCCAAGAUAGAGACGAUAGCCAUUUAGAGCUAGAAGUCACUGGUGAUCAGCUUGUAAAACCUGCUCAGAGUUUGCUACCAGAAGUCAACGAUCAGAGAUCCACUUUUACUUUUACUAUAGACGCGCCAACGGUCGACGGCCUCCCUGACUACGAAAGUUUGAGCGGGCUAGAGGAUACUGGUCAGACAAUCGACCUUGCUCCUACAGAGGAUACAACACUUACCAACCUGUUCCGCUCACCUGCCAAGUCAAUGCGAUUCCGAGCAUCGCCAGGGAGUAUCGAAUAUCCUGAGCUACCUUGUAGCGAUAACGAAGAGACGGAAUUAGAGACUCAUAUCGAGCCAAACGGCAUAGCUGAAGAGAUGGAAGAGGCGAUUGAGAGUAGUACUGCUGAAGAAGCAUCUUUCAAAGCGGAAAGGCACGAGAAUCAUACCAGUGAGCUUUGGGAGGCGGUCGGAGCGGACGAGGAAGUCACCCACAGUUCUUUAGAAAUACUGGCAGUUCCAGUUGAGUUUGCCUACCCACACCUACCAGUGGAAACCCAAGAAACCAUAACGCCACCUACUUUCGAAGAGAGUCGAGGUGAUAGUGAUUUCGCCGAGACAUCAGGAACUACGCUAGAGUCCCAUUUAGCAGGCGAGGAACUGCAAUUCGACGACACAGGCGAAGUCUUAUUGAACUCGCCCAAAGGACAAGAUUCUGAAGAAGAACUCACGGAAGCCUCCAUUCAGUUGAGUAUCCAACGUGAGUACGAAGAGGUACACCAAGAAGAGCGAAUCGCACCAAUCGGGGUCGACAAGGAUAGCCAGGCGGAGCAGACGGCACCUGAGAUGGACGUUAUUAUGGGUGAUGAGCUUGGGUCUGUGGAGGAGGUUGUUGAGGACUCAAAAGAGUCUGAAGCUCUCCAGGAUUCCUCGUCGCCUCCUAAGGCCCAUGAAGAAUUCCAGCCUGAGGUGGCUCCUACUCCUCAAAAGCGAGGCUCUGUUGAAGCACCAAUGGAUGACAUCGCGGACGGGCUUACCUUGUCGUUCACAUCUGCAAAGACGCCAUCAGCCGAUCCAACACCACGAAAACUACACUCUCCCCCACCACCACCCCGGACUGAAUCUGGCCCAGAGGAUGUAACUAUGACUGUCGCCAUAGAUGAUGAUACUGCUAUUCUAAAGGACUUCCUCAACCGGGCUGCUGCAAGCAAAGCAGAGAAAGCCGUCACCGUCACCCAUCGACGGGAAUCACUACAGAACCGACGCGACUCCGAUGUCAUCCGUCACGCUUUGGCAUCACCUCGUAAAGUUCUGGAAGACAAGGAUCCAAAUUCGCCGUCAAAGUACGACAAUGAGCCGACUCUGGACCUUUCGCAAACCCUCACGCUUAGUAUGCCUACUGAUGUUAUGGUGUCUCCGAUUCCCGAGCAUGCAGAUGCUGAAGGCCCAUCUAAUGAGAAAUCACUACGCGGUUCGAGGCGUUCAUCCAGAACAAAGAAGUCAAGACUGCCUGCUCCAGCAUCAGUAGCGCAGACACAGGCCUCGAAGAUUGCCAUUCGCCGCGCCGAUGGCAAUGAAGUCGUCGUGCUCAAGAAGAGCGAUACACAAGAGGUAGCUACGAUGACUCGAGCCAACACACGUAAGAAUAAACAAGGAGCUUUUGGAGUCACUGUACGCUUACUCAAGCUUGCCCUGGACGCUGUGAGUCUACCUCCAGUCGACGAUUCAACAAAAGAGUUGAUAGUCGGAAAGAAUGUGCGUUGGGACGAGCAGCUUGCGUACUACCAAGAGAAUCCAGAGACGGUUGCGAAUCUUCUUGCCGAGGCCGAGUCUCUCGCCACGCCGGAUGAGCUUAGCAUAUCUGACCCUUCAUCAACACCUACAGCGAAGAAAAGGACUACGAAGAACUCAACGCCUAAGAGUCGCAGGGUCCGAGGCCUAGGUACCGCGAACGGUACACCGGGUAGAGGGCUCCUUGCGCCAGCAUCGUUGCUCCCAGAUGCGGUGCAAGAAGAGAAAGAAGCAUCACAGGCACCGGCUCAGCAGCUCCCGAAACCAAGGGCUAAUAAGACUAAGAAGAUGCCCGUUGCCUCCACUUCGAUUGAUAGUGGCCUUUCCUCUAAUCCAUCGGACACUAAGCUACCGGCACUAGACAUCGUGCCUGUCGGUAUCGUGUCUGCGACGCAGCGUAAGAGUCGUCUCGCUGCACCUAAGAAGGUUAUGCUACCGCAACCGAUUUCUGCAAUAUCUAGUGAAGGCAAAGAGAACACACAACGGCCGGGCAUCGGCGAUGCGACACCUCGGAAGGGAAUUCCCGCACCAAAGGUUAUUGUGCCGCCGACUGCGGGUAUGGAGUCUGGAAUGCCUAGAAGACGAGGUCGGAAGUACUAGAACGCGAGCUAGUUCGAUGAUUUUCAAGGGUUGGAUUACGUUGCUUGAUGAUGCUGUUUCAGAUCUAGGAGUUCUAUACCUUCUCUUUUUGCAUGUAGGGCGCGUUCAGCGAUGACUUUUUUGGGCGCAGCAGCUUAGUUUAGCAUGGCCAUGGUUUUCCUAUCGGCAUAAUAAGAUAUUGCAUAAC